CUAAUUAAAACUGCAUAUAUACAUCUACAUUAAAAAAUAUAAAUUCCUAUUUUAAUAAUGCAAAUACAAUACAAAUCUUUCAAUAUAAUAUUCAUGGGAAACGAAAAUGAAUUAAAAUUACAAUUACGUAUGAAAAAAAUAAAACAUCUCAUUGUAUCCUACAUUAACAUUAAACUUACAUCUCUCUGUAACAGCUUUAGUGCUUCUCUGAUAUUUCUUCUUAAACAGGAGCUGCAGGAGAAAUUUGUCUCUCUAGUGAAGAACGAGCUGAACACAUUUAAGAAGCUCCUUAGUCCAGAUUACCCACCAUCCUCUGAGAGAGAGUUGGAGGAUGAUCAGAGGAAGAGGGUGCUGAAGAUCACACUGCACAUACUGAGGAACAUGAAUCAGACAGACCUUGCUAACAGACUACAGAGCAAAUUGGCCCCAGCAUGCCAACGAAAGCUCAAAUCAAAGCUGAGAGAUAAAUAUCAGAUACUUAAUGAAGGAAUAUCGGGCCAUGUAAAGUCAGCACUUCUGAAUGAGAUCUACACAGAGCUCUACAUCACAGAGGGAGGGGUUGGAGAUGUCAAUCAGGAACAUGAGGUGAAACAGAUUGAAACUGCAUCCAGGAAAAGGACAAAAGAGGAAAGACCAAUAAAUUGCAACAACAUCUUUAAACCAUUACCAGAACAGAAACGAGCCAUCAGAAGUGUACUGACUAAAGGAGUUGCUGGAAUUGGAAAAACAGUCUCUGUGCAGAAGUUCAUUCUGGACUGGGCUGAAGGAGAAGUAAAUCAGGACAUUCUCUUUAUAUUUCCACUUCCUUUUAGAGAGCUGAAUCUGAUGAAGAAGAAGAAGCUCAGUCUGGUGAAUCUUCUUCAGAGCUUUUUCCCAGAAACACAAGAUUUAAAACCAAGACAUUAUAGGGACUACAAGAUUAUGUUCAUCUUUGAUGGUCUGGAUGAGUGUCGACUUCCUCUAGAUUUUCAGAACAAUGAGAACUUGGUGAAUAUAGAAGAGCAAACCUCAGUGGAUGUUCUGCUGACGAACCUCAUCAAGGGGAAUCUGCUUCCCUCUGCUCUCCUCUGGAUCACCUCUCGACCAGCAGCAGCCAAUCAGAUCCCUCCUGAGUGUGUUGAUCAGGUAACAGAAGUUCGGGGUUUCAGUGACCCUCAGAAACAGGAGUACUUCAGUAAGAGGAUCAGAAAUCAGGACCUGGCCAACAAAGUCUUCACACACAUCAAGUCUUCAAGAAGCCUCUACAUCAUGUGCCACAUACCGGUCUUCUGCUGGAUUACAGCCACUGUUCUAGAGAGAAUGCUGAGUGAAGCUGAGAGUGGAGAAAUUCCCAAAACCCUGACGCAGAUGUUCACACACUUCCUGAUCUUUCAGAUCAAACACAAGAGCCAGAAGUACAGUGGGAAAAGUGACCCUGAUCCUCAGCAGACUAGAACAAGUAUCCUGGCUCUGGGGAAACUGGCGUUCCAGCAGCUGGAGAAAGGAAACCUGAUCUUCUAUGAGGAAGAUCUAAGUGAGAGUGGCAUCGAUUUCAGAGAAGUGUCAGUGUACUCAGGAGUGUGUACCCAGAUCUUCAGGGAGGAACAUGAGCUGCACCUGGGGAAGGUGCUCAGCUUUGUACAUCUGAGCGUUCAGGAGUUUCUUGCUGCUUUAUAUGCAUUCAUCUGCUUCAUUGACAGAAUCGUUCUGAAUCAGCAAACCACAAAAAAACAAAACACUGAACUAUCUGAACUCUUCAGCAAGUCAACGAUGAAUGAAUUCCUCAGCAGCGCCAUAGACAGAGCCUUACAGAGUGAGAGUGGACACCUGGACCUGUUCCUUCGUUUCCUCCUGGGUCUCUCACUGAAGUCUAAUCAGAAUCUGUUACGAGUCGUACUGACACAAACAGAGAGGAUCUCUCACAGCAAUGAGGAAAUCGUCAAAUACAUCAAGGAGAAGAUUGAGAAGAACUCAUCUCCAGAGAAAUCCAUCAAUCUGUUCCACUGUCUGAAUGAACUGAAUGAUCAUUCUCUGGUGCAGGAAGUGCAGAAAUACCUGAGUGGAGGUGGUAAGCGUCAUCUUCAACAGGCCAGGCUCUCUCCUGCUCAGUGGUCAGCUCUGGCGUUUGUGUUGGUGAACUCAGAAGAAGAGCUGGAGGAGUUUAACCUCAGUAAAUAUGAUCCAUCAGAGGAGUGUCUUCUGAGGCUGCUGCCAGUAGUUAAAAUAUCCAGAAGAGCUGUACUAGCUUCAUGUAAUCUUGGAGUACAGACGUGUGAAAAUCUGGAAUCAGUUUUAAACUUGGAAAACUCCUCCCUGAAAGAGCUGGACCUCAGUAACAACGACGUGCAGGAUUCAGGAGUGGAGCUGCUCUCUGCUGGACUGAAGAGUUCACACUGUAAACUGCAGAUUCUCAGAUUAUCUGGUUGUAUGAUCACAGAUAAAGGCUGUUGUUCUCUGGCUUCAGCUCUAAUUUCAAACCCCUCCCACCUGAAAGAGCUGGAUCUGACCUACAACCACCCAGGAGAGUCAGGAGUGAAGCUGCUUUCUGCCAGAUUGGAGGAUCCACACUGCAAACUGGAGAAACUCGGAGUGGAACAUGGAGGAAAGAUCAGAAUCAAACCUGGAUUAAAAAAAUACGGCUGUGAUUUCACUCUGGAUCUGAACACAGCGCAGCGUCGUCUCUCUCUGAGUGAGGAGAACAGGAGGGUGGAGUGGAGAAAGGAGCUGCAGUCGUAUCCUGAUCAUGCAGAGAGAUUUGAUGGGUAUCAGCAGGUUCUGAGUAGAGAGAGAGUUACUGGUGUUACUGGACGCUGUUACUGGGAGGCUGAGUGGAGCGGGAGAUAUGGAGCUGAUGUAGCUCUGAGUUAUAAAACCAUCAGCAGGAAAGGAUUAGGAUCAGACUGUAAGUUUGGAGGGAAUAUAAACUCCUGGAGUCUGAUCUGCUUUGAUAACAGUUACUCUGUUCAUCACAAUAAUAACAGAACUAAACUCUCCACUCCUCCCUCCAGCUGUAGGAGAGUAGGAGUGUAUGUGGACUGUCCCUCCGGCACUCUGUCCUUCUACAGAGUCUCCUCUGAUACACCCUCACCCUCACACACACACUCACCCUCACACACACACUCACACACACCCUCACACACACCCUCACACACACCCUCACACACACACUCACACACUCCCUCACACACUCUCACACACUUACACACAUUCUACACCACCUUCACUCAGCCCCUCUAUGCAGGGAUUGGGGUUUAUGGUCCUGGCUCCUCAGUGCGUCUGUGUAAGAUAGAAUAACCCUGUGUGUAACAGAGAUUUGAUGUGUGUGUGUGUGUGUGUGUGUAGGAGGGAAAAUGUGUGUAUAAAUAUAAGUAUGUAAAUAUUUUAUAUAGAAGAUUUUUUUUUUCCAGAACCUUUAUUUUAAUUACUGUUAUCUUAUUCACUACUGUUAUCACU